AGAAAGCACACAAAGAAGGAAAAAAGGGAUCCGACCCGAGAGAAAAUAAAAUUACAUUCGUCUCAACCGGACGGAGAACAAGAAAGAAACCGUGUGUCAAUGGCUUCCACCGACUCUCCGACUGCUGCACGUAAAGUUGUUGUGCAUUUGAGAGCUACAGGCGAUGCUCCGAUUCUCAAACAAGCCAAAUUUAAGAUUGCUGGAACUGAUAAAUUUUCCAAGGUGAUUGAUUUUCUUCGUCGACAACUUCACAGGGAGACUCUGUUUGUUUAUGUUAAUAGUGCAUUCUCUCCGAGUCCGGAUCAACUAGUGAAUGACCUGUAUGAUAAUUUUGGAUUUGAUGGGAAAUUGGUGGUCAACUAUGCAUGUUCGAUGGCUUGGGGCUAACUUUGACUAUGUAGAAGCGCGUGUACAGCUACAAAAAAAUGCAUUUGAUGUCAUUUUUAUAGACAUCCCAUCCAAAGAGCACAUUAAAGGUCAGUUGGAACUUUGAGCAAAUUUCAAAUAUUCGCAGAAUAUGUAUUGUUUGUGCCAAGUCCCGUUAUACGGUAGUAAUAAACUAAAGUACAUUAUAUUUUUCAUUGCAUGUAUAGUUUUUUGAAGAUAACUUAAGUCACAACUCAUUGGGGAGUGAGUGC